CUGUCCUCUCUUCUCCGCAGCGGGCUGCCGACCCAGAAAGCAGCCGUCAUUCAUUAGAAAUGGUAUGCGGAUCCGCCGGGGGGCCGGGCGGCACAAACCCCCUCGGUCACCGGAUCGGCGGCAGCUGCUCGGCCCCCCGGUGCUAUUUUCACCCUCAGGAUAAAGUGAUGUGCAGCCGCGGCGCGCCCGCACGGUCCCAGCUACUCCAGUCCGAGCCGAACAGAGCCAGGAUGAAGUCGACCGGGAGCGAGAGACCGGCGCAGCCCGACGGAUUCACCUCAGACCUGGACGAUAUGGAUAGCGACAGCUCCGACGGAAAGUCCACCGGAGGCUGCAGCCCGCGCGCAGAACCGGGGGAGGUGAGCGGAGGCGGUUCCCGUGCCGGAGUAACGAGGCGGAGGAGAAGGCGGAGGCGCAGGAGUGACGGUGGGGACGUGCGUCUCCCCGGAGUGAGCCAUCAGAGGCAGGCGGCAAACGCGCGGGAGCGGGACCGGACACACAGCGUGAACACCGCCUUCACGGCGCUCCGCACGCUCAUCCCCACCGAGCCCGCGGACAGGAAGCUGUCCAAGAUAGAGACCCUCCGCCUGGCCUCCAGCUACAUCUCCCACCUGGCCAACGUGCUGCUGCUGGGGGAGGACUGCCUGGACGGACAGCCCUGCCUCCGCUACCAGAGCAUCCUGCACGGCCCCGCCGCGCUCAGACCCAUCUGCACUUUCUGCCUCAGCAACCAGAGGAAACUGCUCAGAGAUGGAGGGAAGCACUCGGCUGCGGUGUGAGGUGAGGCUGCUGCGGUCAGACGAGGACUCCACCUCCGUGUUGUUUACACCUGAAGGACUUUGUACAUAAACAUAAAUUAUUUAUUUUUGGAUUAGAGUAGAAAUCAGAUUGAACACUGAGAAGCACUUUCUGUUCACAUCCGUCCGUGUGCCUCUGAACCUCUUGUGUUUUGGUUGAGCUGUAACCUGAGCCCAUGUGUAAAGUUGCACCUGAUGGGGGGGCUAUUUCAGUCCCACCAAUAGUAUAAACUACCCCCCCACCCCCCACCCCGACCUCAUGUCCAACGCCUAAAAAAAAAGAAGCUUUGCCACCUUCAGUCCCAUGAAGGAAACUGAAGAGCAGCUCCUGCAGCGGUCGCUGUCAGUUUAGGGACAUGAACGCUGCCUUCAGGUGCU